GCUGCUGCUUCAUGUUUGGACGGCCAUUCUGUCUCAGUUAAAGCUGACGAGAAGAACUUUUAUUAUGACUGACCAGGCGCUGCUGCUUCCUGUUUGUCUGUCCGUUGGUCUGCUGUUGCUCGUGCUGCUGCUGCUGAUUCUGACAAUGUGCUGCCUGAGGAGGAAGAAGAACAAGCAGGGUCAGUAUCAGGAGCUGAUCAGCACGGUGCCAUCGGUACCGGCCCACUCUGCUCCGGUGAUCUCUGUGUCUCAAGGCUUUUGUGCCAGACAUGAUGAAAUCCCGUUCUCUUUACCUCCUCACUAUAUUCCACAAAAUACUGAGGUUCUGAGAGAUGUUGAGAGCCAGGGGAAAGAACAGGAGGGAGCGAUGAAGGCGGAUGCUCAGCGAGACAUUCUGGCUCACCGUGGGUCACUGUCAGUGAGAAGUUGGUACCCAGUGGGGUCGGUGCUGACAGGUCUGUACUCUAUGACCCCUCUGAACGAGGUGGCGGCCCCUCCUCUUGGCAUGGCCACGCGCCUCUGCUUCUCUGUAGAGUAUCGUCACAGCAGCGAGCAGCUCGUGGUCUCCCUGCUGCGCCUCAGCAACCUCCUCCCCCGGUUCCACAGCAACACGACGCUGGUGGAGCUGCGGCUUCUUCCCGAUGACCGGAGGCCCCGGCAGGCUAAGGCCCGGGGGACGGGGCCUGACCCAGAGUUUAACGACUGCUUGAUUUUCCAGGUAUCAGCAGUGUGUGUGUUGCGGAGCACCCUGAGUGUGUGUGUGCUGAGUGUGGAGAAAGAUGGUAAGCGGCACGCCGUGGGCAGAGUGUUGUUUCCCCUGGAAGGGGAGCUUGGUCAGGCCGGCAGAGUUCUGUGGAGAGACCUUGAUCCCGAAGAGGAGACGCAGUGUUCAGAGCUGGGUGAUGUGCAGAUAUCCCUCAGCUACAGUUCAUCCCUGCAGCGGCUCUCGUUGGUGGUUCUGGGAGCUCGAGGCCUUCAGCUGCUCACAGACGCAGGUGUGUGUGUCCAGGUGAGCUUGCAGAUACACACUCAGAUGGUGAAGACGAAGCGCAGCUGUGUGGUGAAAGGUGAACAGGAUCCCAUCUUCAACUACAGGAUGACUUUUAAACUCCGACCGCAGCACCUGGAUGACGCCUGUUUAAGAUUUGAGCUGCAGCAUCCAAACGACAACCGCUCAGAACCUCCAGUUCUGCUGGGAGUGCUGGUGUUGGGCCCCUUCAUGUACGCCAGGGGUCUUCAGCUGCAACAUUGGAUGGACAUGAUCAACAAGACACAAGACCCGGUCAGAAUGUGGCACAGACUGGGCCGGGCAACAUAAAUCCCAACAUAGCAUUCAGAGGCUAAAGGGGAGAAAAAAGGAAAAAAAAAGAAAAAAAAAACUUCAAAUAUUUGUUUAUCUUAAGCAAAAGUCCUGUCUCAAGGAGCUACUAUUAGUGACGGCGUGCUUAAAGCUGAAGCUCUGGAGCAUGUGUCGCCAAAAGCAACAUAGUGCUUUGUAAGUGUUGUGUCAAAGCUUGAUUUGGUUGGCCACUCAGUGAGGUUUCAAGGUCCACAUGGAAGAAUCAAGGUCUUGGUAGCCUGACACUUGAUUCAACACGUCUAAAGAAAGUAAAAUCUCGUUUGGAGAUUUGGUGUAAAUUAAAGCUGCUCUUCAGACUUUUCGCCACCAGAUGUCACUAAAGAGCUUAAUUUGUUAACGAGUUAUUAUUUGGAGCUGAUCAACA